AAUGUUCUGUGACUUUGAAAUAAAGAAAGAAUUUGAAGACAAAUUGUUCUGAGAAUUUGAAGAAAAUUGAUUCGUUGGAAUUGCGUGUGUACUGAAAAGAGAAAGAAUUGAGUCAAUGUGAUUGUUAUGUCAUAAAAAAUUGAGAAUUGUGUUGAUUCGAAAGUGUCUAUUGACUUUUGUAGAUACAAACGAGCCUCGAUCGUACCAUGACUAAGUUCAACAUUAUUUAAAUUAUCCUACAUAGCCAUUGGUCAUCGACAUCAUUCAACAAGCAAAUAAAGAGCAAAAUUACCUAAAUUAUUCAGUUCCUAUUUUAAAAAAUGAUAUCAUGGAACCAAAAAACCCACUCAAAAACUUUAAAGAAAGUAAAACAAAUUUAAAUUCUAUCGCAAACAUACCCAACAACUAGUAGACGAGCAAACAAGAAGCUUUUACACCAACACGUGCUCAAACAUCGCUACCGUCGCUUCAUGAAUCUAUGUGAUGUCUUACAAAUUAAACAAAGUGUUUUAAUCAUUUAAUAAUUAUUAAAAUUGACAAGUGUAACACAGUUUGUGAAUGAACAGUGACAAUAUUGAUAGUUGUAAUAUAUUCUGAGAGAAUAUACCUCGACGUACAUGACGAGUUAAAAAUAAAUAGUUAUUUAAGUGAAUUAUUUACUUUUUGAGGCAAGCCGGCUAUAAAAAAGCCAUCACGUAAUAGUUAAGUGAUAAGUCAAUGACAUAAUGUGAAGUCGUAAAAUAUUAAUCGAAAAUGAGUCACAGGAACUUUUUUAAUUUUCGCAAAUAAAUGAUAUUGAAAUGCAAUAAAGAUUACUGAAAAUUGAAGGUGCGACUGUGCUUAAACUAACUUAAAAGCAUACAAAUAGCAACAGCAAGCCUGCAAAUGCAUUAAAACUUAUUCAGAAAAUUGAAUUUUUUUCGCACUAGUAAAUUACAACAGUUAAGAAGUGGAGCAAGCAUGGAUUAUAAUUUUGAAACAACGACGUUGGAACAGAGCUUAAUACAAGCUGCAUCUGCUGAAACAGCUACAUUAAGACUUUAUGACAUUUUUAUUCCACUUCUCGGAAUUUUCAUAAUUUUGUUAAAUUCUAUUGUUGUCAACGCUAGUGGAUUAUUAAUUGAAAAGCGUCAACAACCACGAAGUUGCUAUAUCCUCCUUGGUAACUUGGGCUUAUCGAAUCUGUUGACAGGCAUUGCAGUCUUAUUUGGACAUUAUUAUCCAAGUCGAAAUGAUACGUCUUGUGCUAUUCAGAUAGGCAUGAUUGUUUCAUCAUCACUCGUUUCCGUGUUUUCAGUUCUAUUGGUUGCAAUUGAUAGAUUUUUAUACAUAUCAAAUGGAUUGAGAUACCAGCAAUACAUGUUUCCCAAUCGGGUUCGAUUUUUGAUUGUGAUAUCAUGGAUUAUUGGUUCAAUCAUCGGUUUUCUUCCCUUAAUGGCCCCUUCACUUCGAGGAACAAUGUCUGGAGACCAAUGUUGGUUCAUCCUUCUCAACUCUGAAUUAGUAUUAGCAACAACAACAAUUGGUACAAUACCAAUUUUCAUUGUAGUCAUCCUCUACAGCAUUAUCCUAAAAAAGGCAUUAAAAAAAGUUGGUGAACUAAAGAAAGCAACAAGUUUCAUUGCCACAACUGCAAUUGAGACAGGCGACAAUAAUUUACGUAUAUUUAGAGGCAGUACAGUCGAUUUGAGACAGACAGUGGAUAGAGAUCAAGACACGACAGCACCAUUACGGAAACAUUCUAAAUCGAAAAGUUUACGAUGCUUUUGGUGCUGCUCGUCGAGUUCAAAGACAUAUGCGCCGGAAAAUAUUGCGAUGACAAUGACGCCACGGAGACAACCAAGUAGGUGGAAAGCUAUAAAAAUUGUUAUGUUUACAACCGGAAGCUUCGUCAUCACAUGGGUGCCGUAUUUUAUCGUAUCCACAAUGUAUGUAUAUUGCGAUCACGAAAACAAUCCAAGCUUCUGUAAUGGAUUAAAAUAUGCCAUCGCGAGUCCACUAGCAGUUUUAGGCUUUGCAAAUAGCCUCUUAAAUCCAAUUAUAUAUGCAUGGUGGCACAAUGGAUUUCGAACAAAUGUGACACGAAUUUAUGCACGACGAUUUGAGCGAAUCAAAUGGUGCCGGUGGUGCUUUAAUAAAUCAAAUGAUAGUGCAACGUUAUCACCAAGAACGACAAAUUUGUCAUCAACAUCGAAUUUAUCGUCAGGAACAACAAAUACGACAACAGUUGGAGCGAUAAUGGCUGAUGUAAAUGAAAUGGAAACUCAAUCGCCGGUAACGACACAAAUGCAAUCUGAAAAUGUGCAAUCGUGAAUAUGUUUCAUGAUUAUGCCAAUUGCAUCAGAAAACGAAUAAAAUUGUCUCAUUUUCAUUAUUCUUUGCCUCUAUUACAACUCAAUUUUUGGACUCAUCGUCUGGAUGUGAUGGGAUAACAACAGUGUAAUUUGCAUUCGUUUAAAAAAAUCAUGGAUGAAGCUAUACUGAAAAUUCGUGAUACUUUUUUGUGCCUUUAGAUCAUCUAUUUUUCAUGGCUAUAUUGGUUUUAAGGAUGAAAAUUAGUUUAGGUUUAGAGUUAACUUAAUUUAUUUUCAAUAUUUUAAUUAAACUGUUAAUAAAGUUUUAGGACGAA